ACGAUGUAAUGCGCAUUUUUACUGCGCAACUAUUGUCUGUGGAACAACACAGGAUUAAAAGAAUACUAAAUGAUGUGAAAAAAAAAAUUAAUACGAUUUAUUAGUGCUUUUAAUCGUGCCCCAAAUGCAAUACUGAAUCAUAUGAAUAGCAUGGGAUAUUCGCUCAGAAUGUUUUAAAGUUCUAAAUUUAAGUCAGCAAUAUGUCAAAAAAAACAAAUAAAACAUUAGAAAAUUCAGCUGCUGCUGAACGUCUAGCGGAUUGGAGAGGUGGAGACAGUUAUACAGGACAAGGGCCAUUGUCUGUUGUAGAUUCUGAUUCCCCAGAAUAUGACACACAUACAGCUUUUGGUCAGGAGCUAGAUGAUGAUAUGGAAACCAUGUCAUUAAGAGAUGGAGACAGAGAUAAGCAACAGGAUAAGAAGAGUAGCAUGUCUUCACUGACUAUUGAUCCAAGUACUGGGAAAAAGCAAGUUUCUGUUACUAUGCCAGGACAAAGCAAGGCCAAGCCUGUUAAUAUAGGUAGACCAUCAAUUAAAGCAGAUUUGGAUGUUGUUAAAGAGUUAAAAAAAUGUAAAGAGGAAAAUGCCUUAAUAUUGGAUUUAAGCAAAUCACAAAUUUCAUUAUUGCCAGCAAGUAUAAAAGAGUUGACCAAGUUAACAGAGGUGUAUCUUUACAGUAAUCGACUAACACAUCUACCUGCAGAAAUGGGUUCACUCACUGGUUUAGUUACAUUAGCAUUGAGUGAAAAUUCUAUCUCCAGUUUACCUGAAACAUUUGCUGCAUUAACCAAUUUACGUGUCUUGGAUCUUAGACAUAAUAAAUUUCAAGAGAUUCCCAAGGUUGUGUAUCAACUUCGUUCUUUGACAACAUUAUUUCUUAGGUUCAAUAGAAUAAAAGUAGUGGAUGAUGAGAUUAGUAAUCUAAUUAAUUUAACUCGUUGUAGUUUACGUGAUAAUAAAAUCAAAGAAUUACCUAGUGGAAUUGGGAAAUUAGAGAAACUUGUCAUCUUUGAUAUCUCACACAAUCACUUGGAGCAUUUACCAAAUGAUAUUGGCAAAUGUGUCAUGUUGAAUUCUUUAGAUCUACAACACAAUGAACUUGUUGAUAUCCCUGAAUCUAUUGGUAAUCUUAAAGACCUGAAUCGAUUAGGACUUAGGUAUAACAAAUUAAGUGUAAUUCCAAGUACAUUGGCCAACUGUAUAAAUAUGGAUGAAUUUAAUGUUGAAGGGAAUAACAUAUCAUCUCUACCGGAGGGCCUCCUGUCAAGUUUAACAAAACUGACCAGUAUAACUCUGUCUAGAAACAAAUUGGAAAAAUAUCCCACUGGUGGUCCAUCUCAGUUCUGCUCUGUCUAUUCUUUAAACAUGGAACACAAUCGGGUGAACAACAUUCCUUUAGGAAUUUUUUCUCGGGCUAAGCAUCUUACAAAACUGAACAUGAAGGACAAUUUAUUAUCUGCACUUCCUCUAGAUAUGGGCAGCUGGGAGAAUAUGGUAGAGCUGAAUUUAGGCACCAAUCAGCUGACCAAAAUUCCAGAUGACAUUCACAACCUCAACAAACUGGAAGUUCUUAUUCUUAGCAAUAAUUCAUUAAGACGAUUGCCAGCCAAUAUUGGAAAUUUAAAGAAAUUAAGAGUUUUAGAUUUAGAAGAAAAUAAGUUGGAAUCAUUGCCACCUGAGAUAGGUCACCUCCAAGAAUUGCAAAAAUUAAUAGUCCAGACUAACCAGCUGACAUCAUUGCCAAGAACAAUUGGAUAUUUAAAAAAUUUGCAGUACCUUGGUGCAGGGGAAAAUAACCUCAACUCUCUACCUGUUGAAAUAGGUGCACUUUCAUCACUGGAGUCAUUAUAUAUAAAUGAUAAUCAAGAACUGCACAGCUUACCUACUGAGCUAGCCUUCUGUAGUAAUUUGCAGAUUAUGUCCAUUGAAAAUUGUCCACUUAGUCAAAUUCCUGCAGAUAUUGUAGCCCGUGGACCAUCUCUAGUAAUACAGUACUUGAAGCUUCAAAAUCAAUAUACACCUUAAAGAGCUGACAUACUGGUACACAGCAUGUUGACUGGCUGGUAGACAAUGAGCUUGGUUGUGGAUAACACACAAAACCUGCCAAGACCCUGCUCGGUGUCAGUUUGUAUUCUGAUCGUUUAUGUCCUACCAGUGAGCUACACCAGUCAAAUCUGUUUGCCAUAGAGGCAUUCUUUUGUUUUGUGCAUUAAGUUUCUCUAAUCCACAUCAUCUUGUGCUAUUUGAACUAAUGGCUGUGAUGGGAAUGAUGCAUUUUUUUGUAUUGUUUCUCGAUAUUGACUCUGUCCCAGAAGCACUCUGGAUUAAUUGAUGAGUUGUGUACAAGGAAUACAUAUAAUUGUGCCUGAUACAGUUUGAUCUAAAUCAUUGAUUUAUUAGUGUAUAGAUAUCACAUCUUUGAAAAAUAUUCUUGAUACAAAUCAGAAAUGGAUUCAUUCUCUGUAAGCUUAAUUUAAUUAUUUUUUUUUUACUUUACAAUUGGACAUUUCCUAUUAGUCUCUAGUUGUCUUAGUAUAGCUUGACUCUAUGGCUGAGAAAGUGAAUAAUUGUACUGGGCAAAUAUUUUAUACUCUAAACCCCAUCAUCUUAAUAAUGUAGCCUAGACAUUGUAGGAGCAAUGUGACCAACAGAUUAUUACCUUUUCUCUGUUUUUGGAGUGUGGCAAUGUGAUCAGUCAUCAUUGCAAACUUCUAUUUGAGAAAUGUGGUAUUUGGCAGUGUGAGAAUGGGGACAUUGCAUACCAGUGAUCUAGACAUGGACAUUGAACAGACCUUUUUUUUCCCCUUUGAUUUUAGUCUUUCAUCAUUGGACAAUUGUCCAUUCAACUAGAAAUGCUACUAGAUCAGAUUUUUGGACUGCAACCUAAGGUGUUUCACUAUCCUAGUGAUUGUGUUCAAAUGUUGGUUUUAUUGGAUGGAUUUCUGUUGGUAUACAAUCAUACCCUCAUUUUGAUCAGCUAAAUGACAUGCUGGAAUCUAAUCCUAGUGAUCAAAGUGGUCAUCUUUUUUUGGAAGGCAUUGAUUGAUCAAUCCUUUACAAUUGUGGUUUGUUCUUAUACAUCUUUUCUAAUUAAUGGCUGUUGUUUGAAUGUAGCCACAAUUUUUAUGUCCAAUUUUGCUCAAACAUGUCUUUGUUUAAGAGAACAUUAUUAGUGAAGAACAAAUGAAAAUGAGUAAGUGAAUGAAUAAAGCAGUUUAUGUGUAUAAGGAAAACUUAGAUGUGUACUAAAUCUCUUUGAAGUAGCAAGGGCUGCAGAAGGUCAAUGAUAAUUUUGGGUUUCAUAAGUAUUAUGGAUAACACAACAUUUUUGGCUAAUUGGUUAUUUUUCAAAAAGUGGACUUACACAGUAAUAGAAAUCAUAUCAUAUUGUUAAAAUAAUUUUAAUAUAGGCUCCCCUUUAUGAUUUUAAACAAAAAUCUAUUCCCAAAUGUAGUGUUAUUGUUGACUUUUGGCCUAAAGAGUGGUCUUAGUUUGUGCUAUUUGAAAAAAUCCCAAGUGCAAGUUGGAUGCCUUACAGUGUUUCACAAAAUCUAUGUGAUAUCCAAUCACCAACUAGCAAAAAAAAAAAUCAGCUAAUUUGUAAAUUUGGUAGUCUAAAUAGUAAGGACUAGUUCAUUUCAGUUUCUGCAUAGAUUGAAAUUGUAGAUCAUAAAAGUAAAUACCAAGAAAAAUAUAAAAAAUAAUUCUUUUUAAAAAGACAAUACUUUCUUUGUACAACGUAUAGAUCCAAUGUUUUUCUCUUAAUAAUUAAUGAAUGUCAGAUUUGUUAAAAAAAAAUUUCCGUGAACAUUAAUUUAUUAAAUUUUGUAAUGCAUAGGGCCUAUGUGCGGAAAUACCUAAAGACAUAUAUUCUGUUCAAAAUAAAUACUUUCUAGUUCUUUAGCCAAAUUUAAAUAAAUAUCUUUUUAUACUUUGAAAAAUAAUAACGGUCAAACUAGAUUUUUCCCAGUCAACCAACAAGUUAUUUUCCAAGCGAUUAUACAUAAACUGUCAAAUUUCUAGGAAAAUCGUUAUUUGCAAAUUUUGAGAAAACCAUGUCCACCCAGGUUCUAGGAUUUGCCCAUUCUGAAUGUGUGACUUGAGUAGAGGUAUUGUAAAAGCUAUAAGAUAGGUCUUAUAUUGGCAGAUAGCUAGAGUUGUCAAUUUUAUCUUUUUUUUGAGAUGAUCCAGUAUAAUUCCAUUGUAAAAUUUGUAGCAGUAAAAAUGUUCAACAUAAGUGUUUCACUGACAUAGUCCUAAAAUCCAAACAUGAAUACAUCUAGGCCUAAAAAUAUUUACCUAAAUCUACAUACCUUUUUCUAAAAUAUAAAUGAAAAAAAGUAAGGGGUAUUGUAUGUAUCUCCUGAAUAAAAAUCAAAACUGUUUCACCAAUCUUGAUAAAAUUUGUCAUAAAUGUUUCUUAGAUCAUUGCGGAAACUGUAGUGUAUGUUUAGUGUAUGUUUAAUGUCAGCCCUCAACUGGAGGGCCCUAAAAAUAGACAAAAGUACUUAAUUGUAUCUCUUUUAAUAAACUAAUUUUUAAACAAAUCAGAUCUCUCAGUAUUUUAUAUUUGAUAUGAAUAUCUCAGCUCAAUUGGUAAGCCCUUUCACACUCUACUUUAAUUUUGGUAGCAAAAUAAUGGAACAUUCUCCAUGUUUAACAUAGAUCUAAAUUCAAUCCAGUAGAUUAGUAAUACCCAAACUAAGUCUAGAAUAUAAAUGAAAAAAAGAUUUCAAUAGGUACUGGUAUAUAAACAUAGUAAAAUGGUUCAAAAUUUUUGUCUUGAAUAUUUCACUAGUUCAAAAUAGCUUCACAGAUAAGCAGAUAUAGAAUGAAACAUUUUGAAACAAUGAUGUCUAGUGAAAACAGAGGGUCUGUAUUGCCCAUAUUACAAACAUUAUAUCAUGCCACUCUGUCUGGUAAAAAGUUGUGCCUGUUAUUUUAUCGCACACUUAUUUCUUGAUGAUAUAUGAUUCAGUAAAAAGAUUAACCAAUUAGUCAAUUAAUUACUGGUACUGGUAAUUAAUUAUUUUGUUUGAUACCAACAAAGUAAAUUCAUCUUUCAUUAUUCACAUAUAUCGCUAAAUAUUUAGGGUUUGUCCCCUUAGAUAUUUUAUUAGUUAUUUCUCCCACACCCAUUUUCAGAUCAAUUUGAAACUAACAAUUAUUUAUUGUAUCUAACAAAACAUGAAUCAUUUUUUUAAAAUUAACCAAUUAGUCAAUUAUUGGUAAUUAAUUAUUUUGUUUGAUAUUGAACAAGGGAAAAGUCUUCUACAUUAUAGAGAGAUAAAUAGUUGUAAGUGCAGAGCUCCUCCCCCUCAGAUAAGCUUUGUUUUUUUAAAAAAAAAAAAAGGAUUUUUAUGUUUUGCUUGUUAAGGAAUACAUUUGUUGUUGCUUUGCUGUAUUUAAAGGAAAACUCCUAUGGUUUUGACCACUUUUGAUAUGAUGUCUUUUUAUUUACAUAUAUUGAAUAUAUUGUGCUUUUCAUUUAAUUUACAUUAGUAACUUAGUAAUUGAUGUUUUUCUGAUGUAAUUUUUCUGUGCAUCCAAAAAAGUCAAAUUUUGUGCUUCUAUGUGACGUUAGACAUCCCUAAAUGUUUACAUAUAUCUGACCAGGUUGUUAACAUCAGUUAGACUUGCAGGCCUAUUUACUUUUUGAACAGGGAUGGAAAUGCUAGUUUUUCCCUUGAGUUGGUUAGCUUAAUGCACUGAGUAGGUUUAUUUAAUUGUACAUCUAACUCAGUAAUACUCAGUAUAGAAUAAUCUAUGGAAGAUGUGUCUAACAAAUGUUCUUGUACAAAAAGGAUGCAUAUAUAUAUAUAUAUAUAUAUAUAUAUAUAUAUAUAUAUAUAUACUGGUAUAUAUCGUUAUUUAUAUACAGGUAUAUAAUUUUAAACAAUUCUAAUGACUUAUUGUAUAAUGGAAAACCUUACUGUAAAUUUUAAAAUCUGGUAAAAGAAAUAGAACUAAGCAAAGACAAAAAAAAGUGUUGAGAAACAUUUGAUCUUGUGUAACCAGUGUAAAGAUAGACUUGCUUGAUUAACCAUGUCAUUGUGCUAGUUUCUCGCCUAACCCCUCAACAUACAACAAACACUAUUGCUUAUAGUGCAAGAAAAAAUUAUGUGGUGAUCUUUUUAUGACUGAGUACUUGAAUCCUACUAAAGUUCUAGGGUAGGCCUACACAGAACAGUUUGUUAAAAUCAGUUGGACACACUGUUUUUUACUUUUUAAAAACUAUUUUUCUAAGCAUCUAAAUUGAAAAUGGUAUAUAUAUAUAUAUAUAUAUAUAUAUAUAUAUAUAUAUAUAUAUAUAUAUAUAUAUAUAUAUAUAUAUAUAUAUAUAUUUUGUUUACUGUUACUUUUUAUCCAGAAUUUAAAUAUGUCAAUAACUCAAUUUUGAAAAACAAUUGGUGUUUCCCUUUAAGUUUUAAAGCAGCAUAAAAUCUGAAAGAUUUUUUUCAUCAGACUUUUCCUUUUCAAACUAUUUUACAUAGAUGUGAAUUAGACAUUUAUGAAAACUUAAUGUGAAACCUUCAAGAGCAUCCUCCAUUACAAUGUAAGCAUUGGUGUAAGAACUACUAACUUGCACUUAGUGAAUGACUAGAUGGUGUGUCAGGGACAGAGGAAGAGCUAGCUAACUUAGUGAUGCACACGAAAAGAUUUCCGCCGCAUAUAAGUUGAAAAGCUGGCAAGUGUCAGAGCUGUUGUUUCAGGCGAAGAAUUGGCUAGAAUUGCACAGUCCACUACAGCACUUGCAUAGGUUAAGACAAUCUGGAUAGACAAUAACAUAGUCCUUGGCAAUAAUGUCAAACUGAUGGGUUCUCUGGUCAUGGGGACAUUCUUGUAUGGUUGCGUAUCUUAGACUGCAGAAUUAUAGAGGAGGAAUUUAGCCAUGGAAUUGAGAAUAUAUGGAUCCUAGGUAUCACCUACUAAUACUGCAACUCAAAUGAGGAAAUUUAAAACAGGAUCAAUAGGGCCCCAUGAUGACCUGUUGACCACUCAUAAAAAAAACAACUUAAAAUGUAUGUAGAUAUUAUGGGGUCAGAUAUUGGGUUGCAAAGAUGUACCUUGAGAGAACAGUACCAUAUAAAAGAAAAACAGACAGAGAAAGUGAUGGGAAGACAAAGAAUGGGUGGGCCUGUCAUUGAAAGUGAUUCUAGUCAAGGCAAAAGAGAGUGUCCACAGAUCAUGUGUGAUGCCUCAACUGUCCAACAGACUAAGGGUGGGGGUGAAUGUGUAAUACAUGUUGAACAAAACUAUUAAUGGAAUAGUACAUUUUGUUUGAGACAUUGUUGACAUAUUUCAAAAUUUCAUUAUUUUUUACUAAAACAUUAAAGUACGGUAAUCUGUGAAAAAGAUAAAAAUUUACUGGGGUAAUUUACUCAUAGUCUUUUGAGUUCUUAACUAAUUCACUUCAAUUAACCUUCCACCGCCUUGACAGUUUAAUAUUUGUUGAAUUUUUAACAAGAGCAUAGCAUAACUGAUUACCAAGCGUAGUUAGUAAAUUGAUUUCUUUAUCUUUCAGUUUUGCUUUGUACAAAAUUGAAUUCUCAAGUCACUUAGCUAUAGAUCACAACAUACAAGAAAUUCUUCCCAAGCUAACAUCAUCUUUCCCUUUUUACCUAAAUGCGAGACACUUUUCUACUUGUAUAUACCGGUACUGGUACUAUGUAUAUAUAUUUAUGUCCUUUUAAGCAUGACAUGCAGGAUUAGUGUCCAACCCAGCACAUCUGUCAAAUAGUGUAAUGCUUCUCUACUGUCCACACCAGCCUCUAGCAGAACAUGGUUAUUUUUAAAGUAGUCCUGCCAGCAAAUGCCCAUUAUGGAGUGGAGGCACCUUAGAUGCCUUCUAUAGAGCACUGAGGUCUCAGAGACCAUUUUGCACUCACAGGCAUAGAGGAAAGUAGCUGGCAGCUGAAAAAGACAUUUGAAAAGCUCGCAGAAGGCUGUUUGACACCACAUUAAAAGCCCUUGCACAAGACAUAAACCUUCAAUAGACCCCCAGGGGGACAAUGGCUUUGUCUGCAUCAGAUGCGGAAAAAUACACAGGUUGCAGCUGGAUUUGCACUGCACUCAUUUUUUAUCUUCCGAAUCUAAGACAUUGCCAUGACCCAGUAUACUGUAUGUAUAUAUAUUCACACACACACACACUCCACCAUAAAUAGCCUUUUUUUGAAUUAAAGAAAGCAUUUUAAAUGAUUGGUUUAUGCUUUUAGAUGUGUAUGGCACAUAAGAGUACUGGUAAUCUAUGAAAAUGUGUUUUUCUUUUUAACUUUUGCAUAAUGAAUUUUGCUGGGCAAUUAGAAAGAGAAUCAUUUUAAGAAAUCAAGUAAUCCUAUUGAAUGAUUUCUGGCAUUCAGUGUGACUAUAAAACUUGCUGCUUGUAAUAUUGCCCUUGUACCAGUACCUUUGACUUACAAACCUAUCAACCCAAAGCACAUUAGAAUGUAGUUUCAGGUUAUAAUGUUGACAUAUUCUACAACAAUGGGCUACAUACCAGUACCUUAAAUUAAAUGGCUGGCCAGUCUUAGAAGUUAUUUACAGACAUAUCAAGUCUGUUAUAGAAUAUAAUACUAUUUGAACACAGCUUUUUGCCAAUACAUACCUGUACAGCAGUAUUUUUUUCUUCUGAAAACAAAUGCUUGACUAAUUGAGCAUAUGUUACUAUUUAGGCUAGCUAAGCUUUUUAAAUAGUGCUUGUUGUCCUCCCCCUUGUAAAUCCUAGGAGGUUGCACAAAUCCAUGCUAUGUACUAGUUUGUACUACAGUUACAAAGAAAACUGAAUUCUCUUAUUGAACUCAAAUCCUUUCAAGAACAUUAUAGCUAGAUAGUGAAUUAGGCUGUGUACAUGAGUUGACAAAUGUAAAUAAAGCUAAAUGGUGUAACUAUGUGUUGUUUCAUUGUAGGUAUACAAAUCUGCUUUAAAUAAAUUAUUGAGUGCAAAUGUUUUGCUUAAUUUUCUAUUUUUUAUAAUGCAGGAAUUACUAGUUGGUUUUUUAUUUUAAGAACUGUGAUCUAGAGUACAUAUUAGGCUUAUGUUAUCAAACAACGUUUUUCUUUUUGGCUUAAGCAUACAUUAGUCAUUAACAUGAAUUUCUCAAUUUCUAGAGCAAGUACUUUGAAAACUUCUAUUUAAUGAGUUGUAUUUAAAAAUACUCAAGCUUUCGCCCUGAAGUUUGAGAUCAAGCAGUUUCUAAACAGCAUGCUUCAAGCUAAAUUUGUUUUAGAAAACUAUUGAAUGUUGUUGCUUUGUCCUUCUGUUUGAUGAACUCUAUUGUGUUCAGUAGGUGACUAACUACUUAACUCGGCAUUGAGGUCACUUCCUGUGUGGAGUGGAGUGAAAGAAUUCUCUUGUUCACAUACUUGUCCAAUAAAAUAAUUGUUUUGAUUC